UACAACGCCUGUUUUUAAUUGCGGAAAGCGGCUAUUUACCCUUCCUUCUCCACUUGAAACACUUCGCAACCUGGGAAAACCGCAGCGAGAGCUUUGUGUACUGCUCGGCGUAUUGGAUCCUAUGGUAUCACAAUCUUCUCUUACCCGCAUUCUUUGCCUACUUGAUGUACGUUCUCCUCGACCGUCGAUUCAAGACCCACCCUACAGCCUAUGAGCUGCGCGAACGUCGUCGUGAAGUCCUUCGUGCACGUGAAUUUGGGGAUGCGAUGCAAACUCGCAUGGUCAUUUCUUCGCCGCUUGGGCUGAAAGAUGUUUGGAAGCUGCGGAAGCUGCUUUGGAAACCGAAAAUUAAAAAGUCGAAAAUAGCUAAAAAGGGUAACGCUGACGCUGGAGAGGCAGAGAAGUCAGACAUGGACAUCAAUGAGGGUGCAGAUCUUGAUGCUGACCAGACGACAAUACACGCGGAGAUCCUCGAAGCCGAAGUAGAUGGGUUACUUUCCGGCACAACAGAAGACACCCCAGAUGAUGUCGACGUUAGGAAGAUCGGUUUGAAAACGAUGACUGAAUUGGCUGAUCUCCAAGAGAGGCUGAAAAAUAUUUUCCUUUGGAAGCGGCCUAACGCAACCCGCGUAUAUUUUAUGUUGAUCACACUGCUCUUCGUGGUCACGCUACUUCUCCCUGCUCAGUAUCUGGCAAAAGCGAUCUAUUUCACCGUGGGCUUCAUCUUCUGGCAUAUCAUCCCCGUAGUAGCGGUGAUGCCUUCUGCAGAACUCGGAAGCAUCGCACCCACAGACGCAGAAUACGCAAUGGAUUUGAUCUCUCAGCGAGUUGCUCAAGGCCUUCCCGUACUUCCCCCGCGAACAAAUGUGGUCAAGACUACGACAAUACAAGAUCAGCUGAAAGAGAGCUCCCAACCUGAUUCCAAUCGCGGACAUAAGACCCAGAACAGCGGUGACGGCAGCGUUGACUGGAAGAAAUGGGCUGGGAGAGCCGCAACCGGUAAGAAUUGGGCCGCUGAUGCGAAGAGCUUUGUGACCAAGAACCAACGCGAUGAUAGCCCAUUGGCUUCAAGGCUAUCCUCUUCCAACAUGGAAAUUCACACUUUCCCCGCACACCACACAAAGAGUCCCGGGCUCAUCACUUUAACACCGUCCACCUUCUAUUUCACUCCUGUCGUCUCGGCAAGGCCAACUGUGACGAUCGAGUGUCAAGACAUCACGGGUAUCAAGAAGGCGGGUUUAAUGAAGGGACUCAUCAUCAGCUGGUGUCGAACAGACUCGAACGGGAAUACCCGGAAUGAAGAAGAGAAAUUCAGAUGGGUCGGGGGGAGAGACGAGGUUUUUGCUAGGCUUUUAGGGCCGGGUGGGCGGAGGUGGAUCAAGUCUCUCGCUCUCGGUCCAGCCUCUCUCUCCUUCCGACAAGUCUCCUCUGAACGUUCGCAGCAAGGCUCCUUAAAUCAGCCUUCGAGCUUGCAGCCCAUGUUCUUCACACAAGAGUUGCUGUCGCGUCGCGACAGCGGCUUUGGUCUCCUCUGGCUUGCCGCUACGCUUGGAGCAAAGUCGUCUUUCAAGAAACUCCCUAAGCGCGACGUCAUGGGCGCGGACAUCGCGCAACUAUGCGAUCUCAUAGCGGAACCGGGAGAGCCCUUGGCUCUGAGACUGUCCAGUACUCUCAUGGUCGGAGUAGCCAGAGUCGAUGCGGUCACGCUGACCGCUGACCCUGCGCUGGCUUUAGGGAUCAAUUUCGGGGACUUUCAUUGGGAUGAUAAUGCCAACGGAGAAGAUGGCUCUGAUGGUGAAUAUGGUCGACCUAAGAAAAACAGGAGAAAACAAGGAAAGCAGCCUCCAGCAUCCGUCGAGAAUGCGAGAGCGAACUUGCAUACAUUGAACGAGAACCUCGAACAAGUAUUGUCUGGUUCAUUUGAUGUGUCCUUUCUGGGCAGCGCUAGCGGGAUGGAUCCAUCUUCCUCACAGAUUGACGGGGCAUUUGGGUUCGACGGGUUCGAUGACAAUCCUUUCAUUGUCGACGAUGGCCUUGAUCUGGGCGGAGAUAUCGGCGAUGAGCUGGCCAAGGAGUUGGGGGAAGGUUGGGGUGGUACUCCGACCAAACCUAGACACGAGAUGGACAUCGAUGCAUUUCAUAUUGGGUCUGAUAUGAUGGGCAUGGGCUUCGACCAAGGCCUUGGUUUCACCUUUGCGGAUGUUGGUGACCCGUCUUUGCCAUCGUCAGUGAUGAAGGAUCAAGGGCCCACGCUCUCCCGUGUGAAGAAAAGGCCAAUGGAAGAUAUUGAUCGAGACCCUACAACCCCAGCGCUAUUAGCUCGUUCACCCAGUGCUCUCGUUUCGCCCCCUCCAGUGCCCUUCAUAAAUGCUGCAGAAGGAGAGCAAGUUAUUGUUCAUGAUAAGCCCAUUCCGCGAAAAGCGAAGCGAGUGCGAUUGCUCCUGGAUGCGAGAACCGAGCUCACGGAUGAUGAACUGAAGAUUGCUCGUGAACAGUAUGUGGAAGGACAAGAAGCUCUCCGGCGGGAAAUUGACAGGAAGAAAUUGGAGAAGGAGACUGGGAAACUGAUCGACGAGAUGUUGUGGGGUGUGCCUCGAGGAUUGCGCGCCCCCAUUCUCGUUGAUUAUUGGCUGGAGAAUUUCAGAGUGCAAGUGGAAGCUCGAUCGGGUGCACUGUAUCUUGAGACAAAAGGUGCACCGCCUGCCAAGCGCCGCCGUGUCGACGAUGAUCAUGAUAACGCCGCGCGCAAGUCGAAAGAUGCAGAACGGGAAGUCCCAACGGAUUUCCACAUGGAUGUCAUGGAUCUGCUCGAUGAAGAUCGAGCAUUUCCAGAUCCGUAUGAUGGAGGCUCGCAUCGGCCUUCAUCCGAGGAACCCGGUCAAGCACGUCGAGUCUCGCGCCCUCCGUCUCCGCUGGGCAGAAAUCUCGGGUUCGACCAUGCGUUGGAAGACGAGGAUAUAUUCAUCACGUCACAAAGGAGCUCUCUCUUCCCGUGGGACAAUGCCGGCGGCCCCAGCUCGUCUGCCGACAGAGGUGGCUUUGACCCGGUCAUUCCAGGCAGUGACAGGGUCAGCGUCGGGAAGGCAGACGUGAGGAUCAAGGCUACGUCCGCGGGAAGGAACAGCUCGAUUGGUCCGAGCUUUCUGGGGGGCAACUUGGGCGUGAUUGGGUUUUCUCCUGGGCCCACGGAUAUCGGAAGACUUGGAUCUCAAGACCAUUUUGAGUUUGACGUUUCCGGAGAGGGACCUUCACUGGCAGAAUCCCAGCUGUCGGAUGCCAAUCUGAUCACGUUGGAACGAAAUUCGUAUAACUUCUUGGAGUAUGCGAAAAUGCAGUCACAGACGUUGCCACGGGCGUCUACAGGCCUUACAUUUGACGACGUUGUGCCCAAGGAUACGAGCACACCACACGUCGCCUCUGCCGCCUUCUAUCAUUGUCUCGUCCUCGCUACAAAAAAUCUAAUCCGUGUCGCCCAACCGGAGGCCUACGGUGCCUUGAAGAUCCAAAUCGUUUGA